CGCGCCCCUGCAGCCAUGUCGACCGCCGCGCGCAGACGCCAGGCAGCCGGGGCGCCGCGAGAAGCCCCCGCUGGCGGAGAUGAGGAGCCGGGCAUGGCGGCCCCGAGCCUCAGCGUCUGCCUCAAGCUGCUGGCGGCGGCUCUCUACGGGUUCAGCUCCUUCCUCAUCGUGGUGGUGAACAAGAGCGUCCUCACCAGCUACGGAUUUCCCUCCUCACUAUGUGUUGGACUAGGCCAGAUGCUGGCCACGGUGACUGUGCUUUGGGUGGGAAAGGCACUCAGGGUGGUGAAGUUUCCAGACUUUGAUAGAAGUAUACCUCGAAAGACGUUUCCACUACCUCUUCUCUAUUUUGGGAACCAAAUCACAGGACUGUUCAGCACAAAGAAACUGAACUUGCCCAUGUUCACAGUUCUGAGAAGGUUUUCUAUUCUGUUUACAAUGUUUGCUGAAGGAAUUUUACUCAAGAAGAAAUUUUCUUGGGGCAUUCAAAUGACAGUGUUUGCAAUGAUAAUUGGUGCAUUUGUAGCUGCUAGUUCUGACUUGGCAUUUGAUCUAGAAGGAUAUAUUUUUAUCCUGAUUAACGAUGUCUUGACAGCUGCAAAUGGUGCAUAUGUAAAACAAAAACUGGAUUCGAAGGAGCUGGGAAAGUAUGGUCUGCUUUAUUACAAUGCACUGUUUAUGAUUCUUCCCACCUUGGCCAUUGCCUAUUUCACAGGAGAUGCGCAAAAGGCAAUGGAAUAUAAAGGCUGGGGAGAUACACUCUUCGUUAUACAGUUUACACUUUCAUGUGUAAUGGGGUUUAUUUUGAUGUACUCCACAGUUCUUUGCACUCAGUAUAAUUCUGCUCUUACAACUACAAUAGUUGGCUGUAUUAAGAAUAUAUUAAUAACCUAUAUCGGAAUGUUUUUUGGAGGAGACUAUAUUUUCACGUGGACAAACUUCAUUGGGUUAAAUAUCAGUAUUGCUGGAAGCCUGGUGUAUUCUUACAUCACUUUUACAGAAGAGCAAUUGAACAAGCAAUCUGAAGCUACUAUCAAAAUGGAUAUUAAAGGAAAAAGCUCAGUAUGACCAAGGGAUUACUUAUAAGAAGUAACUCCUUGUUUUUGUUCAACGAUCACUGGCAGUAUACAGUAAAAAUAUAACAAUGUGGGUGUCUGUUAUGGAAUAAUGCUGGUACUUGCAUUUGCACAAUCUAAAUAUGCUGCCUUUUUAAAAUUUUUAUUAAAAAGAGAUUUAUAAUUGACUGCACAUGAAAUAUACAUCUGGUUAAUUUAAUCUAGGCUAUGAGGAAUACAUCUUUUGUAAUUUAUUAUGACCAACUCUGGUGGUAGAACCGUGCACAGAUGAUGUAAACACUUCGAUUUUAUAGGAGUCCAUCAAACAUACUGUUAAUGUUCUUAGAUAUAGUUUUGUUUUCUUGUAAGAAAACUUGUCCUAACCUAUCAGGUACAGUUUAGCUUGCAUCUGGGUUGUCUUGCAGCUAAGCAUAUCAAUGAGCAGUAAUAAAUAUUUUUAAUUAGCUUUUAGGGUGAAUGAUUGACUCAGCUCCACCCCCUUCAUGCUGUCUAAAAGGGCCAGGGUGAUGUCAAGGGUCUCAAAAAGCCCUGUGUCCCUUUCAGGGGAGAGUUCCUCAGUUCAGGCACAUCAGGCUGCCUUCGGAGGAACCUCUCACAAGUCCUGGUGUGGGGACAUGCCAGUUGUGGGGAUGGGCAGGUUGUAUUGGGGGCAGUGUUCCCUCUAAUUUUUGAUAGGCCGUGUGCACAAAAAAUUUCUUCUGUGCAAAUUGUGCUUCUGUGCAAAUUUUUGUGUGUGCGGCGUUUCGCUGUUUGCGUGGGGUUUAUGAUCUGUGUGCACGUACACAGCUUAGAGGGAACAGUGAUUGGGGGUAGGGGAAGUGUUGCUGUAGUGUAGAGUCGUGUGGAGAUUCUGGGCAGUGCUGCAGCCCAGAAGACCCCUGUGCAAAACGACUGCAGCUUAGAUAAGCCCCCGGGGGGUGCAACAGGGGAAGACUCUCCAGUUGCACACAAAGAUGAUUUAAAGCCAGCAUAGCUCUGUGCUGGGCUGCAAGUUCUGUGCUGUGCCUCAUGGAAUCUCACCCCUUAUCUCAGAAAAUGCAAGCUAACAGAUUAGUUUACUUUAUUUUCGAGAAGGAAGCUACUGAAGCAGGGUAACAUUUAUAGACUUUCAUGAACUAUAAGCCCAGCAUAGAUCAUGAAAAGAAGAUACAUAUAUUUGGCAAUUUUGAUUUCAUGUCAAUAUUAAGCUUUCAGAGGAACAAGAAAAAGGGAAAGAAAAGAGACCAUUUUCUCUAGAGCGGGAAUAUAUACAGAAAUGGAGGGAGGCUGAAAUGUAACUCCUUUUUUAUUUUACUAAGGAAAGAAAUGGCUCUGCAACCUUGCAUAUGCAAAUGCAGAUCCUUCAGCAGAAGUAUCAGUUCUGCAGUACACUCUUAUUUCAGUUAGUCAGUCAUCCGGUUUUAAGUUUUUGGCCAAAACAUGCUUGAAUAGUCAAUGAUUUUAGUAGAUGUCUAAUUUUUUUCAUGAACUUUUAAGCCUGUUCUCAUUCUGCUCAGAUUCUGCGUGCCUCACAACAGUUUAGUACCUCUUUUUGUAAAGCUGAUGUAGGGUGGUAAAACUCAAGAAUAGGUGGAGGGAUGAUGGUACACCACCUUCCAAUUUUACAUAAUAUAUUGGAGAACUCAACGGGAAAGAAGUAUUGAAUUAAAAUAAGAGCUAUCCUGCAGUCACACAUGAGUGACUUUACUUACAUAAGUAGUCCCACUGGACAACUUAAUAAGUAAAGCUACUCACAUGCAUGAGUUUUUGCAGGGUAAGGCCUAGCACUCAUUCAAAAUCAAGUGAAAAUCUGUGUCUAAAAGACUUUUUAAAAUGAAUUAAGGUUUUUGAUUCCUUUCCAGUCCCAGUACCAAGUGUGCCCCAUUAUUCUGAAACAAUAAUACAAGAGUAAAUUUGAAAUACGUUAUCUUUUUAGUUUAGUAAAUUAACAGUUAAUCUAUAUAUAACAUUUUGUGCAGCUACAGGUUGACAGGUCACCAAGAAUGAAUAUUUGUUAUCUCAUAGUAGAGAAAUACCCUUACUCUUCUAGAUGAUGUCAAGUUAAUUCAUUAAUUGGUACAUUUAAUUUGUACUAUUAUAUGAUUGAUACAGUUCUGAUGUUUUAACUCUGUCCAAAUUUUAUGCUCUGUUCAGUUUAUUUUUGGAUGUAGUAAAAUUUUUUACAUUGUGAGCUGUUUUUAAUGGAGAAAUAUUUUUAAAAUGUCAAGCAGUAUUGAUUUUUUUUUUAAUUUAAAAUUGCUGCAAUAUUACUGUCUAUCAUCCUCCCUUUGAAUCUUUCUUUGGUUAAAAUUGUACACUUAUCAUUUCUCCACAAUUUAUUCCUACUCCUACCCUUCACUUACAAGAAGAGACUUUCACAGGCAAUUAAUCUAAUUACAUUUGGAAGGAUAUUUGGUGGAAAACUGAGUGACAUGGUGUUAUAGAAACAUUUAAUCAGCAUACUGUGUAUUACAGUAUGUAUCGACUGUGUUUCUGUGGCAGUUUGCAUUGUUAGCUAGUCCUCCAUUUUAGAAUGCUUAAAGGUAGCCUGCUCAUCUAGUUCUUGUUUUAAUUGAGCUAAAUGGAAAAAUUGUGUAUGAUACCCAUAUACUGAAGGAAAAGGAUGGGGGAGCGUUCAACACAAAUGACUCAAAAACUUACCUGAUGUGUUCCUGCUUUUGCUAGCUUCCUAAAAUCAUGCAGCCAGCUCCUGCUCUACUGUGAUUCCUCACUGUGUUCCAUAAUGUGAUGGCACACCUACUAGUGUCACCCAAGGGGGCUAUCCCAAUAAGUGCCGUUUACAAAACUGCACCACACCACACUUAAAGUCACUUCCCUUACCCUAAAGGGCAAUAGACUUUGCAAAAACACUACCCCUUACACCAGUAGUUUGAAACCAGUCCCUUACUCUUGUAGGCCAGCUCCAGUUUAGCAAUGGCAGCACAGCAGAAAUUAGUUUUUUACAUUAUUUUUUGUGCUGAAUGUCUCUUACUGGGUCUUAUGGAAUAUUUUAGCUCAUAUACAAAACAAAGGCCUCGCAGGAAAUCUUAACAUACACCCCCCCACCCCAGAAAAAAAAAAAAGAAAAAAGUAAAAGUAAUAAGCUAGGGAACCAAAUUGUCUUUUUAAUUUUAGCCUGUUGUGAUCCCCAUUCCUUUUAUAAGAUUUGGAUCUUUAUUUAAAUACUAUAGUCUCAACUUUACAUGUGAUAAAUGUGCCUGUUUUUAAACGUCAAGGUCAGUAACUCUGUCAAAAGAUGGUUUGCAGCUCAGCUCAUUCUGCUGUAAACUUCAAAAUAUUUUGCCAAAUUCUUUUUUCUUAUGUCUCCUUGUCCUCGCACCCUCUGUUGCAAGAAUCUGGAACAGAUAGCAUCAUAAUGCUACCAUCUGGAAGCAAGGAUGCAAAGAACUGCUAGAUCUUGCCCCUGGACAUAUAAACCUCAGCACCGUCCCUCGGUUUGCCUUUCCUCCUUUGGAAGUGUGGACCCCUUGCCUGAGCUCUCCUGCCAUCUCUUUUCACUUUCUCUUUUUUGUGGGAAAUUUAAAGAAAAAAUAGGACAGAACUGAGGGUUGGGGAGAAUGGGGAGAAAGAGAGAAGUAAGAAGCCAGCAGCAGUUUCUCUGCUGGAGGAUGGGGAGUUGAAAGCAGAGCAAGUUGCUGUUCAGUUACGCACUAUCGUGCAAGGGGGUUUCAUCUGGGGCCAACUGCUCAAAUGGAUAAACAUAAAUGCCACCACUCAGGGAUGGUAUGCCCAGUCUUCAUUCCAUCUCUAAAGUGGGAGUGGCAGCUUCCCCUCCCCAGCCCUUGGCAGGCAUCCCUCCUCUGAAAGGCCUUUGGGGACCUCCUUCCCAAAUGUAUUUCUAGUCCUGAAAACCCAGUCUUAGGCAAGAGGAACCAAGAUUUUGGCCGUGAUCUGCUCCUGGACUUAGAUCAAGCGUCUGAGCCCCCUGGUGGAUCCUGGUUCUGAUGCAGAUAGCAGUGUCCCCUGACUGGAGACUCUCAUCCUCUGUGUUCUCGGUUUGGAGACCCCCAAAGAUACUGUUUUCAAGCAUACAUGGCUCUUCGCAGAGGAGGGGGUUAUCUUUCCCUUCCACUCAGCCAUCCUGGACCUUGUGUCUGAGGUUUGGAACUGCGUGGACCCGUGCACCCAAGAGACUUGUCCUAAGGCUAGAUGUUAUCCUGUUUCUCCUGUGGAACCAGACAAAGUAUUUGCUAUUGCUAGGGUGGGUGCAUUGGCCUUAUGUCUCACUUCUAAAUUGUUCUCUCGUGGAGUAUAUGUCCACCCUAUGGACAAGACUUGGGGUGGACUUGGCCCUUAAUACAGCUUCAAAGCUCAUAGCAGUGACUUUGCAUAUUGCAGCCCAUUUUCCUGUGGGGCCUAAGCUCUGUAGGUGGACCUCCAGAAGGAUUUCUCCUCUGAUUUUUCCUGUGACACCAGAACUAUGAGGCUUUCUCCACUGUCCCAUGUUCUAUAGAAGCCGCUUCCUUUUUGUGUGAAGCUGCCUGCAUGGGGAGUUUCCACUGUGGGUCAGAGACACAUUUGGCUUUGGGAGUGGAAUGCAGAUGAGGGAGCAAAGUCAAAGCUGGCCAGUCUCCCCUUUUAAAGGGCUUGAUGUCUUUGUCUAGAUGCUGCUACCAAGAAGCACGUGGAUUCUUCCAAGAACCACCGCGCAUCCUCAAUGAGUGUGCUCCCUUUUACCCUUUGUUGAAAGCCUGUGCUCAGGCGUGGGCAGGAGUCCUCUUCAGUAUCCUUUGACAGGUCAGCCCUUCGUUCUGUGGGAUUCAGGUCUUUCUUGGGCCCAGGAGGCUGCUGUUUAAACACUUCUUUCCCCUGCUUUCCCAAAGCAGCCAGCUGCGCUCAAGCCAGGGUCACCCCCAUAGCACAUCAGCCCUGCCAUUGUUGGAAGUCGUUUGCUGAUAUUUGUGAAAAUGUGAGCCGCCUCCACCUCAGAUGCCUGAUAACCUUACUCAAGCUCCUUCAGCCUCAUAUCUUCUAGAGUCUCAGGACCUCUUGCCUCAUGUGGCCCAGAUCACCAGGGACAAAUAUUUUUCCCACCUGGGAACUUCCCCAUCUGGAUACAGUCCUGAAUUCUUCACUAGGAAAGUCUUUCAUUCCCCUGGCCAGAUUCCGUUCUUUUGAGAACUGUCAUCAGUCAGAGUGCUCCUCCCUGGUUCUGUCUUGGAGCCUCCUUUGAUUGUUGAGCAGCCUGUGUGGAUCUCCUGGGUGGGGCUCCACUUUUACCCCCUGCAGUCCUUCUUCCUAUCCAGAUGGCAUUCCUGUUCCUUCCUUGGAGAAUAACCCUCUUUCUUCCUCCCUGGAAUCAUGUGCAAAACCUGCAGCUGUUUGCGUGGCUCUCCUUUCUGUUCACCCUGGCCCCAUUUGUAUUACCACUGAUGCAAAUCUCUUGGGUUUAGAGGGGGCUCACACCUGGGCAUUUUGUUAACUUAGAGCCUCUGUUAGGUGGAGGAACACACGUUCAAUAUAAAUCUCCUUGAACUGCAGGCUGUACGUCUGGAUCUCAUAGCUUUGGAAUCUUUCAUUCUCAAUUCCCAUAUCUUUGUUCACUGGAACAACUGCAUGACAGUGGAGUAUGUCAGUUGCUGGGGGGGACCUGCAGGACCUCGCUCCUGGUGGAGGCAUCCCAUCUGGGAACCUGGAUAAAGACAAGUCUGCUCUCCUUUCGGGCCCUUUAUCUGGAGGGCAACAGUACCCUUGCUCAGCCACAGCCAUUUGGCUCCAGGAGAAUGGAGCCUCCCCCAAGUUUUGAAGGCUAUUUGUCGAAAGUUGGCACCAUAGCCAAGUUUACCUGUUUCUGUUUCCAGCCCCUGGGCUCUCCUAUAUGAUGCAUUUGCAUGGCGCUGGAGUGUCAAGAGCUGGGUUACUGCUGCUGCUUGAAAAGCUGCUGGAAAAAAAAUCAGGUAGGACAAGGCAGCUGUGAUUUUUUGGUAGCUCUGAGGCACCCACGGUUCUUGGUUCUGAUUAAUCUUUUCAGCCUGGUGCCAGUUCAGGAACAUCACUGUACUGUUUCGGUUGCUUCAAAACAUGUUUUGGAUUUUCUCAAGAAAGGUCUUGGAGUCCGUGUUUUUACAUGUGCAUACCUCAGCCAUCCACUAUCUGUCCCUGAUUUAUGUAUUGUGAGAUGAGAACAGAGUAAGACGUACUAUGAGAGAAAACUACCAAUUGUUGGUCAUGGUCGUCUUCUAUCCUAUGUCCGGCUCUUCUCCCCUCUUGGGGGAUGUGCUGCUGCUGUCUGUAUAUUGUCCUCUUCUUUUAACUCUUACACAAUCUUUUAUUCUCUGAUAACCCCCUCUCCCCCCUUUGCUCUGGAAGUAUCUCUAACUGAAGGGAUUGGGUGUGGCUGAGGCUUAUAUGCCCAGCGUUGAUGGGGGUGCCUUGAGUUUUUUGUUUGUUUGCUUCCAGAAGGUGACACUAUAAUGCUAUUUGUGCAUAAUUCCUGUGUCAUAGGAUGGGAGAAGAGACUGUGGUAAACAAUUACAAGGUAUGUAGUUUUCCCUUCUGUUGUGAAAACUCAAUAUAGAAACUGGGAAUUCUGCUAUUAUGACAUUAUUUCUGUCAUUCCACACAAGAUACUCGAAUAAUUUUUUGGGGUUUGGAGCUGAAUGGAUAAAUGGUUUUCUGUUUGCACCUUUGCAUAUUUAGGUGAAGCGUCCCCAUCUUAAUUGGUGGGAUCUGGGGUUAUGAAUGGAUUUAGUUAGUGCAUUGUAUAUGCAGGAUGAGCAUAAAUGUGGGGUCUGCUAAUUCACUGAUGUUCUGUACUCUCUUCCCCCAUCAUAAAUGUUGCUCAUCAUUCUUCACAAUGAGUUGUUAGCUGGCACAGGCUAGUUGAACUAGGGGAUUAUACUGUAAAAUUGAAAAGAUUCAUCCUGCAUCUUUGUAAGUCUGGGAAUCUGCAAUAUAAGAGCCUUAAUUAUGAUAAAAUCUGGAGAAGCUGCUUCUGCAGAGUAAUAUUGUCAGCUAUACACAGUAUGCAAAAGGCUGUAAGACCCUUCCCUUUCUUCCACUUCCUCGGUAGUCUUGUUUAUGGUUGUUACUGGAUCAUGUACUUCUAACUAUAAAUUGUUUUCCUUUUAAACAUGUAGAUUUUAAAUUUGGUAGAAGGAAAUUGUACCUGCUUGACAGAUCUUCUCCAUUCCUAAAUUAGCAUGCAGGAUGGUCUGCUUGUGAGGGGGGAAAUUAGAUAGUUGUAAACCUAAAUUAUAUAACAUGGGAGUGAUUUUUUUAAAAAAAAAAAACUUGAAAAAAUAUUCCAGUAUUUCAGUUUCAUACUUCCUUUCUUCAGCUGAUAGACCAGCUCGGAAAUUACUUGUUCUAAAACCCUUUAUAUCUAACAAGACCAGGGGAGAGAUCCAAACGCCUCUCUGGCCCUUUUAUGCUGAGUUAUAGGGCCAUAGCAGUGUAAAGGGGCCUUAAAAUCCCCAGUUCCAGUUGUUAAAGGAUUCCUCCAGGGUAGGCACUGAGGACCCUGCUUUUUGGGGACCCUCUCGCAAGUGCUGGUAUAGGCAAUAUGCCAGUGGUAGGCGUGGGGUAUGGAGGGAUGUGUCAGGCAGAAACGCCAGCGUCUUGGAGAUUGCAGGGCAGCCCUGAGAGAUUACUGUAAUUUAGACAAGCUUCCAGGGGUGUCUAAACUACACCAGGGGCUUCUCUAGUAUAGGGAGGGAGCAAAGGUGGUUUAAAUCCACCAUAGUGCCCCUUCUCCCUGGGCAGAGAAUUCUGUGCUGCUGCUCUUAGAGGAGUUUUUUUUAGCAAAGACAACUACUUCUCAUCAGUAGCUUAAAAAUUGGAAUAUUUUCAAGUCACUUGUUUUGUCAUCUUGCUGUACAGAGGCAUUUGGGUCAGGAUGUUUGUUACUGAGAAUUUUUACCAUUCUUUUAUUUUUAAAUCUACUGGUUAGAUUUAUUGUCCUGUACAAUAUUCUUAAAGUUUAUUUUGUUUGUAAACGUGCACCUUUUAGUGCCAAUGUCCAGACAGUAUUGUAUACACUGGGAAGGUGAACAAAAGUAAUACAAUAGUAUAUUUUCUAUGCUGCUGUUCUUACUAUAAAUAUUUUUUCUAUUUCUAUAUAGAUUCUAUUUACAAAGUGACCAUUUUAGUGUUAAAAGGGUAACCUUUUUCAUUUGAAUGUACUGCAGGCUUUAUAUCUGUAAGUCAGGUGACAGCAAAAGGAGUUUUAUGUGCCUAUGUAUUUUUUGUACUGGCUUUAAAUAAAUUCUUUUUUCCUUAAA